AUGAAUCGUCUUCUUCAAUCCACUAUCAGGAAUGCCACCCAGGCAACCUACGCAAAAGAUCUUUCAUCUAGUAGAAGUUUGCAGAAACUUCAGGCUCUGGUAUUAUCCAAAUGGAAUAGUACUGAGGCAUCUGUUCAGAAAGAUGUUUCAUCUACUGAUAAUAAAGGCUUCAAGGGGCAUGAUAUGUUGGCGCCAUUUACUGCUGGAUGGCAGACAACGGACUUGAACCCUCUUGUAAUUGAGAAGUCUGAGGGUUCAUACGUCUAUGACCAUAAUGGGAAAAAGUAUCUUGAUUCCCUUGCUGGGUUAUGGUGCACUGCUUUAGGGGGGAAUGAACCUCGUCUUGUUGCUGCUGCAACAAAACAACUUAAUACGUUGCCAUUCUACCACUCGUUUUGGAACCGAACAACAAAGCCCUCUUUGGAUCUUGCAAAGGAGCUUUUGGAAGUUUUUACUGCAAAUAAAAUGGCAAAGGUCUUUUUUACAAACAGUGGAUCAGAAGCUAAUGAUAGUCAGGUUAAGCUGGUUUGGUAUUACAAUAAUGCCCUUGGAAGGCCAAACAAGAAGAAAUUUAUUGCUCGAGCAAAAUCAUAUCAUGGUUCAACACUUAUAUCAGCCAGUCUUUCUGGUCUUCCCGCGCUACAUCAGAAAUUUGAUCUGCCGGCUCCGUUCGUAUUACACACUGACUGCCCACAUUAUUGGCGAUAUCAUCUGCCAGGUGAAACGGAGGAAGAGUUCUCUAGCAGAAUGGCCAAAAAUUUGGAGGAUCUUAUCCUGAAAGAGGGACCGGGGACGAUUGCUGCGUUCAUUGCCGAACCAGUUAUGGGGGCUGGAGGAGUGAUUCCUCCACCUGCAACUUACUUUGAGAAGAUUCAGGCUGUAGUGAAGAAGUACGAUAUUCUUUUCAUUGCUGAUGAGGUAAUAUGUGCAUUUGGAAGGCUUGGAUCAAUGUUUGGGUGCGACAAGUAUAACAUAAAACCUGAUCUUGUCUCCAUAGCAAAGGCACUUUCUUCUGCCUAUGUGCCAAUCGGAGCUGUUCUCGUGAGCCCUGAAAUCAAUGACGUUGUUUAUUCUCAAAGCAACAAACUUGGUUCUUUCUCCCAUGGAUUCACUUAUUCUGGACACCCUGUAUCAUGUGCUGUUGCAUUGGAAGCUCUCAAGAUCUACAAGGAGAGAAAUAUUGUUGAGAAAGUGAAUAGCAUAGCCCCAAAAUUUCAAGAAGGUGUGAAGGCAUUUUCCGACAGUCCCAUCAUUGGGGAGAUACGAGGAACUGGAUUGAUCCUUGGGACAGAAUUUGCCAAUAACAAGUCACCUGACGAUCCGUUUCCUGCUGAAUGGGGAGUUGGUUCAUAUUUUGGAGCACAGUGUGAAAAACAUGGAAUGUUAGUGCGUGUUGCUGGUGACAAUAUAAUGAUGUCUCCUCCAUUUAUAAUGACUCCGGGAGAGGUCGACGAGGUAAGGGACUCCAUGUUACUUUAUGCAUCAUUGACCGUUGUUGAGAAAUUUAUAGCUUCAUGUGUUAUAUGUUACUUGGAGGGUGGCUCUCUUCAAGGAUCUGUUUUUUUAAAGUUCUAG